ACUUGCGAAAACCUUGGCGGGAGUUGCAGAUUCUCAAGCUAGCACACCAGUAUUGGCGGUCUGGGAGUGCUGUGUGGGGCAAGAGGUGGGAAAUUGAAUAUAUUUUAGUUGCGUUUUAAGAAAAGAGUGGGCAAGAGUCGGGCGUCGUGGCUCAUGCCUAUCACAGCAAGAAGCCGAAAGAUCGAGGCGAGUUUACAAGCUGCGCUACAAACUCCUUGUAUCCAGGCUCACCAUGCCUACGGCUGGUAACAAGAAGGCUCCUACACCUCAGAUUUCUUCUUUAACAAGCGAAUCAUAUACACAGCUGGAUUUUUUACCUGAUAAACUUAGAGAAAAGCUGCUACCAUUCCAGAAAGAUGGCGUCAUUUUUGCCCUCAGAAGAGACGGCAGGUGUAUGGUGGCAGACGAAAUGGGGCUAGGGAAGACAAUCCAGGCAAUUGCAGUUGCUUACUUCUACAAAGAGGAGUGGCCUCUGCUGAUAGUCGUCCCUUCAUCUCUGAGGUACCCUUGGACAGAAGAACUAGAAAAAUGGAUCCCAGAACUAGAGCCACAGGAGAUCAAUAUCAUCAUGAACAAAACUGACAUUGGGAGAAUAUCAACCAGCAGAGUGACCAUUCUAGGCUAUGGUCUCCUAACCACAGACGCAGAGACUUUGAUAGGUGCACUGAACAGCCAGAACUUCAGAGUCGUGAUAGUGGAUGAAUCACACUACAUGAAGUCCAGAACUGCUGCCCGCAGCAAGAUUCUCCUGCCGCUGGUGCAGAAAGCCCAGCGAGCCAUUCUUCUUACGGGAACCCCAGCUCUAGGAAGGCCUGAGGAGCUUUUCAUGCAGAUUGAGGCUCUCUUCCCACAAAAAUUUGGAACUUGGAUCGAGUACGCUAAAAGAUACUGCAAUGCACACAUCAGAUACUUUGGUAAAAGGCGUCAGUGGGAUUGCAGAGGGGCAUCAAACCUUGGUGAUCUUCACCAGCUACUAAGUGACAUCAUGAUCAGAAGAUUGAAGAGUGAAGUCUUAAGCCAGCUGCCCCCUAAAGUCAGACAACGUAUUCCAUUUGACCUUCCACCAGCAGCUGUCAAGGAACUGAAUGCCAGCUUUGAAGAAUGGCAAAAACUAAUGAGAGCUCCAAAUUCAGGUGCCGUGGAGGUUAUGGGGUUGAUAACGCGCAUGUUUAAACAGACUGCAAUUGCCAAGGCAGGUGCGGUGAAGGACUAUAUUAAGAUGUUGCUCCAGAAUGAGUCACUUAAAUUUCUGGUCUUUGCUCACCAUUUAACUAUGCUCCAGGCGUGCACAGAAGCCGUCAUCGAAAACAAGGCUCGUUACAUCAGGAUAGAUGGAAGUGUUCCAUCUUCAGAAAGGAUUCACCUGGUUAAUCAAUUUCAGAAGGACCCCGAUACUCGUGUGGCCAUCCUGAGCAUUCAGGCUGCUGGCCAGGGUCUGACGUUUACUGCUGCAAGUCACGUUGUCUUCGCUGAGUUGUACUGGGACCCUGGACAUAUCAAACAAGCUGAAGACCGCGCUCACCGAAUCGGACAGUGCAGUUCUGUGAAUGUUCACUAUCUUAUUGCAAACGGUACUCUGGACAGCCUGAUGUGGGCGAUGCUGAAUCGAAAGGCUCAGGUCACUGGGAGCACACUGAAUGGCAGGAAGGAGAAACUCCAGGCUACAGAAGAAGACAAGGAAAAGUGGGGUUUUCUGCAGUUUGCUGAAGCAUGGACCCCAAGUGACAGUUGUGAAGAGCUCAGCAAGGAUGCUGUGUUCACUCAUUUUGAAAAAGAAAAACAACAUGAUAUUCGAUCAUUCUUCUCACCAAAAUCGACAAAGAGACAGUUGGAAACAUCCAGGACAAUCAAGGAGAAGACUGCAGUGGCCCCAGGCCCUGGCAAAGUGACUGCAGAUGAUAGCACUGAUGACAGAAAUGGUUCUGAACCUGAAGCUAAAAGAUUGAAGACCCUCAGCACCAAGGACCCCAGCAGUACACUGGAGGAAAGACCACCCUUGCAAGCCAGAGCCACAUCCAUGGACGUCCCUGAGGUCAAGUCCCCACUGGCCUCCCCAGCCCUUCCCGAGAAGGGGUGGCAGUGUGGCUUCUGCACAUUCAUCAAUAACUUAGUCCUUCCUUACUGUGAGAUGUGUGAGAACCCUCGGGGCAGAGCUGCUGGCCUCAAUCGUAUGCAGGAUAACAAUAAAAAUGGGGAUGGUGAUUCUCAGAAAAACACCUCCAGAAAUGAUCAGGCUAGUUUGGACUGUGUAAAGGAACGUCCCAGACAGCCAGAACCUGAGCAGUUGGCUAAGAGCAAGGAAGAAACAUGGAAAGGUGAGAGGAGGGACAGACUGACAUCCCAGGCAGGGAAUGAGCAAAAGAAUGAUUUGGGCACCCUGCCGGUGUGUGAGACCUUUAUGUUUUGUGCCAGUAAAAACACAGACCGGAUCCACCUCUAUACCCAGGAUGGAAAACCGAUGAACUGUAAUUUCAUUCCUUUGGAUAUAAAGUUAGACCUUUGGGAAGACUUGCCAGCAAGGUUUCAGCUAAAACAGAAUCGCUCACGGAUUCUGAGGCUUGUCCGAGAGUGGGAUAGCCUGACAGCCAUGAAGCAGAAGAUGAUCAGGAAAAGUGGGCAGCUGUUCUGCAGCCCAGUCCUGGCCUUGGAAGAGAUCACAAAGCAGCAGGCCAAAGAAAACAGUACUAAAAGAUAUAUCACUAAAGAAGAUGUUGCCACGGCCUCCAUGAAUAAAGUGAAAACCGAAGGGGGCCACAUCCGUCUGAUCACUAAGGAGUCCAGGCCACAGGACCCUUCUGUAAAAAAGCUUGACAGAGCCUGUGUCCCAUUUCCAAAACCCUGCCCGGCUGAUCUCGCUCUUGAGCCAUCCCCAUCCAAAGGCUACAUUCAGGCUGUGGAUAAGGAAGGAAGGCCGCUCUGUCUCCGCUGCCAGCAUCCCUCCUGCCAGCCUGAGCAAGGGUCCAGCGCCUGGGACUCACGGUUCUGCUCCCUGAAAUGUCAGGAGGAAUUCUGGAUCCGAUCUAAUAACAGUUACCUGAGAGCCCAGGUGUUUGCAGCAGAACAUGGCGUGUGUCAGCUCUGCGGGGUGAAUGCACAGGAACUCUUUCUGCGAGUGAGAGAUGCCCCUAAAAGUCAGAGGAAGAGUCUUCUAGAUGCCACCUGGACUGAAAAGCUCCCACUGGAGCAGCUAAAUGAAAUGCUAAGAAACCCAGGAGAAGGCCACUUCUGGCAGGUGGAUCACAUCAAGGCAGUGUAUGAGGGAGGGGGACAGUGCUCCCUGGACAACCUGCAGACUCUCUGCACCGUGUGCCACAAGGAGAGAACUGCCCAGCAAGCCAAAGAAAGAGGUCAGGCGAGACGACGCUCCCUGGCAAUGAAGCACGGGUCAGACAUCACUCGUUUCCUGGUGAAGAAGUAGCGGAGUAAACAGAGCAAAUGGCCUGCAGGUAGAUGGGCUGACAAGAUGUCUCUUUGUGUUUGUCUAGUAUUUUAAGAGUGAAAAGUUUUUAAAUAUCAUCAAGAGCUAGAAUUUAGACUUUGUGCUAGUACUCUCAAAAUUAAGCAGCUAGCAGAAACAGGAGUGAUGGGAGGCGUUUCUGUGGUCUGCGGACUUCAUGUAGGUUGUCAAUCAUGUUUUGGGAAGACUUUGUUCAGCUUUUGUUUCCCCUUAUACACCCUCAUCGCUGCCUUGUGCAUGUAAUAUGUGAUAAAUAUAUUCCCAAUACCUGCCAGUUGCUUCUUGGUUAGUAUUAGUUCUGGAUUAUGGGGUAUAAAUGGAAAUUCCAGAAAAAUCAGGGACAUUUUGGAAGAAAGCCAUCAUUACUAUGGAAUUCUGGACCGGACAUGGCUAGCCUGCCUCCUGGAAAAGAGCUUCCAAAACAGGCUUGUGUGUGUUUGGGAGGUUGCCUUCUUCUGCACCAGCCAUCUUUCUUGAAAAGAUAAUUUUGUAAAUAAACUAAUUUUGACAAUG